UCGACGCCCACGUUACAGCCUUAGGGGUCACCGCCCUCGCCGGCUCGUUCCGUCAUUGGGACAGCACGAGUCGCGGUCAGCGAAAGGCGAGAGUUUUUUUCUUUCUUUAUGUAGACGGACAGCUCCGGGCGAAUAUCUCCCGAGCCUUUUGUACAAGACUUAGAACCUUUUUUUAACGUCGCGAGAUACCCCCACAACCUAGACACCAGGCCACACCCACGGCAGGCCAUCACAUCUGAUUUUACGUUUCUCUUGAUACCCUCACACCAAGUCCACACAGAAUGACGUCCACAGCAAAGAAGGCCUUCCCUCCCGGGAUCCACGUGCCCAGCCUAACGUGGUUCGAGGGCACGCAAGAGCAGGGCAUCGAUUGGGCUGUGCAGAAGAAGCACUUUGAGUUUCUGGUCAAGUCGGGGCUGCACGGCAUCGUUAUCGCUGGCACCAACGGCGAGGCCGUGACGCUGUCAGCAGACGAGAAGCGCGACCUGGUGGUCGCGGCGCGCGAGAUCGCCACUGCCAACGGACGCGGCGACAUGCCCAUCACGCUGGGCUGCGGCGGGCAGAGCACGCAGCAGGUGAUCGCCGAGACGAGGCAGGCGGCCGCGGCGGGCGCUGACUUUGCGCUCGUGCUGACACCCAGCUACUUCCACUUCGCCAUGAACGAGGACACCAUCGUGGGCUUCUUCCGGGAGCUGGCCGACGCCAGCCCGGUCCCCAUCGUCAUCUACAACUUCCCGGGCGUCGUGGCCGGCCUCGACGUCAACUCGGACAUGCUGGCGGCGCUGGGCGCGCACGCCAACAUCAUCGGCGUCAAGCUCACGUGCGGCGGCAUCGCAAAGGUGGCGCGCGUGUCGGCGCAGUACAAGCCCGGCGAGUUCUUCACGCUCGCGGGCCAGAGCGACUGGCUGGUCCCCGCCAUGGGCCUGGGCAGCAUCGGCGCCAUCACGGGCGUGGCCAACCUGUACCCGCGCGCGUGCGUGCGCAUAUUUGACCUGCACCGCGCCGGCCAGGUCAAGGAGGCCGAGGCGGCCCAGAUCGAGCUGGCCAAAAUGGAGUGGGGGUUCGGCAAGGGCGGCAUCAACGGCACCAAGCACAUCGUGGCCAAGCUGCGGUCGUACCCGCUCGAGAGCAGCCACUGCCGCCGCCCGUACCCGCAGUACUCGGAUCCCAAGAAGCAGGAGUGGAUCGACGGCGUGGUCAGGCCGCUCGAGGCCGAGGAGAGGGCGCUUAACGAGCACUACUAGGGCGUGCUGUAAUAGGUAGAAACGUGACUAUAGGUGAUGUAAACCCAAGAUUACCUUUAAUGAAGAAUGAGAGCCACAGGUCAGAAUGAGGCCCGUUGUAUUUCAG